AUGUCGUUGUUAAGAAGCCGAGGUUUGAAAGUGACGCUGGAUCAAAUAGUUCAAAUUGAAGAGAAUUAUAACCACCUCAGAAAAACAAAAAUUGUUUGUACUUUGGGUCCAGCUUGCUGGGAUGUAGACAAGCUCGUCGACAUGAUUGACGCCGGAAUGGACGUUUGCAGAUUCAACUUCUCUCACGGUGAUCACAAAUCCCACACUCAAACAUUGAACAACUUGAAACAAGCUAUGAAACAACGUCCAAAUAAGAAAAUAGCUUUAAUGUACGAUACUAAAGGACCUGAAAUCCGAACUGGAUACUUUAAAGAAGGUGUUAAAUCAAUCACUCUCAAGAAAAACAACAAAUUGAGAGUAACCACUGAUUACAGCUUUAGAGGUGAUGAAAACUGUAUUGCAUGCACUUACAAAGGUCUUCCAACUUCAGUAAAAGUCGGUCAAAACAUCAUGAUUGCCGAUGGAUCCCUCAUGCUUGAAAUUGUUGCACUUGGUGAAAACUAUGUAGAUACAAUCAUCAUGAAUGACGCUACCAUCGGUGAAACCAAAAACAUGAACUUGCCUGGUGUUAAAGUCGAUCUGCCAGUUUGUGGAGAACGUGAAAUCAAUGAUAUCAUCAACUUUGCCAUUCCCAAUGCUAUUCACUCCAUCGCCGUGUCUUUCGUACAAUGCGCCCAAGACGUUAUUGCCGUUCGCGAAGUGUAUAAAAAGAACGGUAUGGACGUCCUUAUUAUCCCAAAGAUCGAAAACCUUGAAGGUGUUCUCAAUAUUGACGAAAUCAUUGCGGUCAGUGACGGUAUCAUGGUUGCUCGUGGAGACCUUGGAAUGGAAAUUCCUCUUGAAAAAGUCUUCUUAGCCCAGAAACUCAUGAUUGAAAAAUGCAACCUUGCUGGAAAAUUCGUCAUUGUUGCCACCCAACUUCUUGAAUCUAUGAUAAAAGCCCCCAGACCCACUAGAGCCGAAAUUUCUGAUGUAGCUAACGCAGUUCUUGAUGGUACCGACCUCGUCAUGCUUUCCGGAGAAUCUGCUAACGGGCUCUUUCCAACCCGCGCUGUUGACUACUUAUCUCGUGCUGCGUAUGAAGCCGAAAAAUGUUGCGACUAUGUAAGACUUUUCAAUGACAUGCUUGAAUCCAAGGCUAUUAAGAACCCUACUGAAGCAAUUUGCGCUAACGCUGUAAGACUUGCUUAUGACAUCCAAGCCGAAGGAUUUAUUGUAUUCACUGAGUCCGGAAUUGCCGCCAAGUUACUAUCCAAAUUUAGACCAGCCCAAGCUAUCAUUGCAUACACCAACUGCGAGUACACCGCUAACUCGCUCAUGUAUUACCGAUGUGUGCAGCCCUCCGUGUUUGAAUUUAAAGACAAGAAGUCUGAUAUCAAAGCUGCUAUCAAGAUUGCUCAAGAGCAGAACCUUAUUCCAACUAAGGGUUCUGUCAUAGUACUUUACUCAUUAGACAAAACCGCUCCUGAAGAAAUGAGCAUCAUGGAAGUAGUCGAUUUAUAA